AUUGUUGAUUUUUGUUGCAUUUCUCGGGCGAGUUGCUGCGCGAUGAUUCCGGACUCAUCUGCGUAAAAAACGACUGUGUGUGGCAGUGCUUUAUAGUGACUGACUGGUGGUGGUAUGCUGUGAAUCCGUCCGGGCGCGAGAACUGGAUGCCGGUGGCGGAAAAUGCCCCUGCGGUGUGCAUCGCACGUGCACGAUGCGCACAACGGAGGCCGCAGUUCCAUCUUCGAAGCGGACGCCGGUCACCGUAAUUGCCGCAGUAGAAGCAUCAGGAGAAGCCUCCUUCGCGGUCACAUCUCACGCACGAGCACCAGCAAGAUGCCCGCUUAGAGCUCACAAGCAGGCGCGUUCAAUCGCGAGACGCAUUUUUCCUCACAUCCACACCCCACUACAGUGAUGGCCUGUGUAAGCGGCGUCCCGUGCUCAAAGUACCAGACGCGCUCUCUGAAGCGCGCUCUCUCCAGCGCCUGUUCGUUUGACACAAGCGAAGAUGCGCUGCAAACGGAGUUUCAUGAGAUGUUCCGACUUCCUUUGGAGCGGAGAAAACACGGCAAGAAAUCCAAGAAGAAAACACCGAAAGAAAGAAGAAAGCUAAAGAACAAGGCCACAGACAUCCAGCCAUGGAGGAGUCCAGUCUUGGAAAUCCAGGGAAAUCCCUCUCCCUUUGCUGUCUUCACCAAUGUGCGACAGUGUAUCCUUGUGAAACAUCUGCAGGACUCUGCCAGGCACUUCUAUUGGAUUACGGCUCCACAGUCUGCAAUGCUGCUCCACGCCCUCGACUCCGAUUCGGAGAACGAAGGUGACGGCACUGCAGACAGCGCAGAUGCCGUACAGACUGUGCCUCGCAUUGUGGGUGUUGGCCUCUGCACUGUGUUUGAGCUGAUUCGAGAGAGCCGUUCAGCGCAGCCAGCAUUCUGUCUGUCAGUUCUUAGGGCGCUGCUGGAUGUUCUUCAAGGCCAGCAGCCUGAAGGAUUUCGUUCAGAGCCCCCGGAAGUACUUGACAAGAUGUUUGAUCUCUUGCUGGACAUCGCGACUACGCCGAAUGCGUCCAUGCCAUAUGGUCAAGCGCACUCGAGCAACAGCGAGGUGCUGUCACAGCUGACUUCAAACGCAUGUGCCUGCUUGCUCAGCCUUGUGGUGGCCACAGGAGACACGUCCAAGAUACUCUGCGCUGCAGCUGCUCUGCUCAUGAGUCCACAGAGUCCUACGGCUGAGGAAUUCCCCAUGCCAAGCAUUCUAGUGGCAAUGCAAAAGAGUGUUCAAGCAGUGUUGUUGGGAAAAGUUCAGCGCCCCAGCUGGUUCAGUCAUGGAAUUCCAAGGACAGCGCACUGUGGAACAUUUUCCUUGCACUUGCCAAAGUCUUCCCCUUUUGCUAAACACAAAGGUCAUUGCACCAUUGCAUGUGAUGGCAAGUUCCUUUAUCUGUUCAGGCAAGGUGUUUUGUACAAGCUGGGAACUGGGUUUGGAGGAACAGUCAAGGGGGAGUUCAUUGCUAGUCAACAGCUGGAUGGAGCAGGGUGGAUCGGAGUUGUACAGGAUUACCUUUACAUCCACCAUUCCUUAGGUCGAAUUAAUGAAUUUUUGAAAGUGGACAAGCACACCCUUCGAGUGGAAGGUGUCGUCACCCUUGAAGAAGACUUAGGCCAGAGUGUGUACUUCAGUGACGGAGACAUUUUAGGUCUGAUAACGGCCACACGAGACAACGGUGUUGUGGUCCGCACAGUUAGGCCGUCAGCCUUGCCCAUGACCUGCACAGUUGAACUGAAUUUAAAGUUAUCACGCAAAUGUGUUGAAAUCUUUGGAUCUGGUGUCUUCAACGAAGAAACUGAAGAUUGCCUUCUUGACUUGGGAUGUGAAGAGGAACCUGUGAUCAUCACCAGUGGCAAAGAAUUUGCUCUUGUGAAGACAGCCUCUGGAAAGGUCCUCUACACGGGCAAGGCUCAGAGUAUUGGCAUCAAGCAGACUACUCCAACUGGCAAAUGGGCUGAACUGCCGAUCACAAAAUGCCCCAAGAUAGCCGACUGCUCGGUGGGGCACGAUGGCACCCAUGCCCUGCUGGUUUCUGAGAAUGGGGCAGUGUUCUUCGUGGGCAUUCCUCGACGAGGGGAGGACGGAGAAGUCGGAAAAGGCAGGCGUCAACCCAAGUCUGUGAAGCCCAAGAAGAUGUUGAAGAUGGAGGGUCGCUUUGUGGUUUCAUCUGCCUGCAAUAACGGUACCAGUGCCUUGAUCACCCGCAGUGGCGAGCUGUUCCUCUUUGGGAAGGAUGCCAGCCACGCUGAUGACAUGACAGGUCUAGUGACUGGCCUCAAGGAUGUGGCUAUUAGCCAGGUGGCUUUAGGAAAAGCUCACGUGGUGGCCUUGUCGACUGAUGGCCGUGUUUAUACCUUUGGCAUGAACAAUCGUGGCCAAUGUGGCCGUGAGUUUGCCUAUCCACCAAGCAAAGAUGUGCACCACAUGGCUGUGGUUGUGCCUGAGCCAGCAAGCCUUCUGGCAGAAUCUGGCUUACGGGCUGACGAAGCUGCUCACCAUGCGAGACAUAUUGUAGCAGAGGAAGAGGAGGAGGACGAGGACGAUGAAUCUGAAGAACAGGACAUGAUAUGUCCACCUGGCGGCCAUCGCUGGGGGGAUGGAAAGACGAGCAGCAAGCUGUGCACUGUCUGUGGAGAGUGCACAUUAUAUGGGACCAGCUGUACAUCUAUUGGGGAGCCUGACCGUCAGCCGGGCAAGACCUGUGGCUGUGAUGAGGGAGACUGCGGAUGUUUGGACUGUGGCUGCUGUCGAGCGUGCGCCACCGAAGACGACUACGAUGCCGAGCUAGUCGCUUGGAAUCGAGCGGCAGCACCAGCGGCUGAUGGCAGAGUGGCAGUUGGAGGUGCUGGUGUUCGUGGUUUAGGUGGUCCAUUGCUGGACAACAAGCAGGCCAAAGUGAUAAUCUUUGACGUGCGGUACGGAGGACGGGUGGGGGCAAGGCUUGAAGACAAAUUUCAGAGGAGUCUGGAACAGUUCCGCUUUCACCAUCGACGGAAACCAGGUGGCCACUUGCUGAAGGCAGCCAAGGGCUCCCCAGGGGGCAACUCCUUGAACCCAUACCGGUCGGUUGGCAGCUCACGAAAUGAUGGCGCAGAUGUUCGAGACGUGGCAGGGCAGCAAGCAGAAGAUGCUGUCAGCAGUGAUCCUGAGCGUGAACCAUCCAAGGUAACUCCUCUGUCUCCGGCUGAACUGGUGCUUCCUGUGGACAUCCCCGCUAUGCAGGUUGCCUGUGGCCUGCACCACACAGUGGUGCUUCUGCAUAAUGGACAAGUGCUCACAUUUGGCAGCAAUCAGCACGGGCAGCUGGGACACGGGGAUCUUGUUCUUCGGGGCUCACCGACUCUAGUCUACUCGUUGCCAACAAUCACGCAAGUCGCAGCAGGAAACACUCACUCUGUGUUCCUUACUGCAGGUGGACAAGUCUACACAUGUGGAAGCUAUCAGAAUGGCCAGCUGGGCCGGGAUAUGUGUGACGAAAGCUUACGACGUCUCAGCAGUGGGGGAGAGGGGCACAGUCUCUGGCACGCUGUACCCCGCGCCAUACCAGGCAUUGGUGUUAAGCGCGGCCGCAGGGCCACAUGGAUUGGUGCCUCUGGUGACCAUACGUUUGUCAAGCUGGAAGAGAUCCUCACUAGUGCCUCAAGCCUGUCUCAUUGCAGCUUGAUUGCCAACCGUAGCUGCCUUGGAAUCAUUUCAAGAGACACUGAACAAGCAUCCAAGUUCAAAUGCCUAAUGAUCAACCGUGUUGACGGCACCAGCAAAGGGUUUAACUCGGCAAACCAAGUGGACCUCAAAAACCAUGCCGUCUGCCUUGACAGCGUCUACAAUAUCGUGUGGAGCUUCAACCAAAAGACGCUCGAGUUGAGCUGGUACAGCAUUGUGUGGAGUGAGGCUGUGCCACUGCAGACAUCACCUGAAGGCCUUUCGGACCAAGCUGUUCGGCUGCCACUGUUCUUAGGUCCCGAGCUGAGCCUCCCAGGAGUUGCAGGGUACCCCGUGGGGCGUUGUCAGGCAGCGCUCAACUUGCUUGGAGCUCUCGAUCUGCUGACAGCUGCCCAGGAGAGGGACCUCGUUGUACGUGAAGAUAUUGAGCAGGCACGCCAGCAAAGUCUUGCUCGAGCAUACACCCGUGAAGACUUCUCCAUUGUUAACCGCUUUGAGAGCCAUGGUGGAGGGUGGGGCUACUCGGGACAUUCGGUGGAGGCUAUUCGUGUUAUGGCUGACACUGACAUUCUACUUGGAGGAGUGGGCCUUUUUGGUGGCCGUGGCGAGUACACUGCCCUUAUCAGGAUUUUUGAUGUUGGCACAGAUGGUGGUGACCAGGAAACAGAUGGUGAGAUGCUCACUGAGACGGAGGAGAUACCCUAUGAGUGCGGCGCAAGGCAAAAGUACCCCAUACUGUUUGAGGAGCCGAUUCUGCUGCAAGCCAACAGGUGGUAUGUUGUGUGGGCCCAUGUUUCGGGUCCAAGUAGCGACUGUGGUUCGAGUGGCCAGUCUGUCGUCACAACUGAAGAUCAAGUUGUCUUUUACUUCAAGAGUUCCAAAAAGUCCAACAAUGGAACAGAUGUCAACGCUGGACAGAUUCCACAGCUUCUUUACCGGGUCAUUACACCAGACGUGCAAGCUUCAGGCCAGCCUGCAGACCAGUCUGAAUCCGUUACUAUCUUGAGCCACAAGUUCUCCAAAACAGUCACUUUGGAAUGCUUCCAGUCUUUGCUGAAAUUGCUGAACUGGGGCUGGAAGGCGUUCAGGGCAGGCAUAUGCGAGCUUGCUGACGGCCCAUCAGCUUCUUUGGGCAAGGCUCUGCUUUUAGACCUGCGACGAUUGCUCUACAUUUGUGCGGCAGCCUUGCACCUGCUUCGCAUAUACAUCAAUGAGGUGUACCCCAUUGGACCUCUGACCAAGAAGGUGCAGCCUGAGUCAUCACGAAUGGCAGAAUGUGUGGCAGACACCCAGAGCCUUCUAAGUUGCAUCCUCUCGGGAGGCAUCAGCCUGCCAGAAGAUGCUGAGGGCCUUCUUGGAAGAGGGGCUGCUAUGCAGACGACACUGCUGGAGGAAUGUGAAGCCACCUUCAUGGCCUGCUACCAUGCCUUCUACCCAAGCACCACACUCAAGUGGCGUGGCCUCUGUGAACUUCUUGUUGACCCUGCCCGGCGCAGUGGUCACGACUGCGGUGACCGACUCCUGGCAGCCGUGCUGUCUUCGCUCUGUUCUCCUGCUGCUCAGCUGACCAGCCUGCUACCACCAAGCUUGGACAGAGAGACUCGGCCCUGUGUUGAGGGGCCUUGCUCACCAGAGAGCCCAAGUGCUGGGACUCAGCUUCCCGAUGCUGCAGACUCGUCCACUGUCUACCCCCUGCUUGUUGAAGUUGUUGCACGAAAGACACAGAAGGAAGGCUGCCACGCUGAUAAUUGUAGCUUCAAAGAUGUCCUGGAGCGUCUGCUGAGUAUCGUGAUUGCUCCCGUGCAGAGUGCACUGAAACACGAUGCAGAGAAACCGUCAGUGAAACUUGUGUCCAGUACAUGCGCUUUUCUUUCUGCUGUGGUUGCUGAACUGUCAUCUCAGACUAUAGGCUGUGCGGUGGAUGUACAGCGCGCCAGCCGACAAGCACUGCACUGCACUCCGUCUCGAUUCUCACGGGUCUGCCAGAAUCGAACGUGGAACACUGGAAAUGGUUCUCCAGAUGCCAUCUGCUUUAGUGUUGACAGACCUGGAGUGCUUAUUGCUGGUGCUUGCAUUUAUGGUGGAAUUGGCAAUGAGUGGCGAUAUGAAUUUGACAUCCUUGACGACACUGGUGCAGUUGGAGAGCUGCCUCAGAUACACAGAUGGAAGCCGAUUGCCGAGGUUCACGGCUCGUUUGGGCAAGAAGAUUGCUUCUCAGACGUGGCAGAAGUGAAGUUUGAUCGUCCAAUUGCCAUCAAGGAAAACACAAAGUACGCUCUGAGAUUGAAAAACCAUGGUGCCAGGACAAAUAAUGGUGAUGGUGGAGUGACUCAGGUGAAAGGACCCGACGGCACUACGUUCACCUUCAGCGACAGCUCCCUGAGUUUCAAUGGCACCAACCACACCAGAGGACAGAUACCUCAGAUACUCUACUACAGCACGCCUCAUGACACAGAAAGCCAGCAAGCGAUGCGCGACCUUAUGGAACUGCAAGCUCGUCGCAAUGUACUCAACAUCUGUGGCACUAUUGUCAAGGCUAGUGCACAGCUGCUGUCUGAAGCUGCUGCUGAGCAAGAUGAUGAAGUGGUUCAUAAAAUUGGGUCCUCACACCUGAUGACGCAGUUGCUUCCAUUGAUACUUGCUCACCUUUGCCCAGUUGCCUCAUGUGACUCACAGAGCGCUGUUGAGGUUCUUGACUUAGUCCAAAAGCUGCUAAAAUGGGUGUCUACGCUGAACCAGAGGAACGCACCAACCAAACAAGCUGAUGCAUUAGUACCCAUGGAUGGAGGCAUUGGCCCUGCUCACUAUGCAGUGGUGGAGAGUGAUCACCCAUACAAGCCAGCCACUGUUUUUGUGUCCAAGGUCAAGUUCACACGCAGUGUGCGCUGGAUGGCACUAGAGUUUGACCCACGGUGCAGCACCACCCAGAAGGAAGACAGUCUCCAGUUGUACAUUCCAAGUCAUAAUGGCCUGGGUCAUGCAAUAAGCAUAGGUCGUGGCGAUGAGGGUGAUGAAGAGGCCAGCACCCCUUUCUGGCCAGUCCUGCAGCGUUUUUGCAGAACAGAGUGGCCCUUAGCAGCUACCAUUCUCCCAGGGAACGAGCUGGUGUUCUCACUUGAGACUGCUUCGGACUGUGCCAAGGACAACAAAGCCAGCUCCUCGUAUGGCUUUCGGUGCCAGGUCACUGGGUACGAGGGAGUCUUUCCUGGUUCAGCAGGAGGCCUGCUUCAUCUUGAAAAGGAGCUGUCAUAUCUUGGCGGCAUGUGCGCUGCUUCUCUGCUACGUCGGGACCUCAUCCUCCCGACAGUGUUGCCAAGUGAUGUGGAAGAAGACAUGGAGGUAGCAGAACCCCUUGCACGGCAGGUGUUUAGCAGCCACUCGGCAUUGCUCUCGCGUGGCUUUGCUCUUGCACAUCUGCCCACAAUUCAGCAAGCAUUGGAAGGUUCACUGUCGUUCAAUGACCGCUCGAAUGAACGACCUUUCCUUCAUGACUUUGUGUCCUGCACGCCUGGAACAAGUGGGGGCCGGCUUGCAAGGUGGCUACAGCCGGAAUGCUGUGUGGACCCGAAGCAGUGCGAAUUGAUCUGCAGCCAGGAGGAGCUCAAAUGCGGGUGGCCAUCACUCAUCACAGUCUUUACGAGAGACCAGUACGGAUACUUGGUGCAUGUGCCCAAUAUGAAGGUGGAAGUGAGAGCAGUGCCUAUGAAUGCCUACAACCAGGAGCACGUUCCUUGCUCAGCAACAGCUGGCUCAAGUGACCAAACUGGCCUCCUGACCUUUGGUGGUCACCCACCACCAUCGCUGGAUGUACCUUACGAAGUCACUGUGAGGGACAAGAUGCUCUACUAUGCCAUCACCACCAUGAGGCAAUAUCAGGACUACUCCUUUGAAGAGCUGCGCUUUGUUUCUCCAACCAAAAAGCGGCUCAUUGAGAACAUGCUCGUUUGUGCUAACGACGAUGGCACAUACACGGCCAACUGGACACCAGGCUCUGUCGGCUGGUACCUACUGCAUGCCAUCAUUGAUGGCUUUGAAAUUGGGAGUUCCCAGUGUCGGCUGGUGGAAGUGAAAGAACCACCACAGGGAUUGGUGAUUCCUUCUAAGGGUGUGUCACAAAAGUCAUCGCAUCAGCCCAACAAGAUGCGAAAGUUCCAGGCCAAGUACAGUGCUGGCCUAAGAAUUCGCAGCCAUCCUUCCUUACAGAGCAAGCAGAUUGGUGUGGUGCAGGUGGAUGGAAUCGUCACCUUUGUGGAUGAGUUGCACAACGAUGAUGGCGUUUGGGUUCGGCUGAGUCCCGAAACCAUCAAGACCUACUGCAAGAACGGGUACUCCGAGGCCUGGUGCUUGCAGUACAAUCAGCACAUAGGGAAAACUCUGCUGGUCCCUUUUGAUGAACCAAAGGCAGCCCGUGAGGAAUACUUUAGUGAGAGAAGCAGUGGUUCACCCAAGAAGAAAGAGUUGAAAGAGCCAAAACAGCAGUCAGCUCAGGUUCAGCAGCAGCAGCAGCACCAUCAUCAACAGGAGCAGCAUAAACUGCAUCAACAGCUGCAGCAUCAACAGCAACAGCAAAAGCAGCAACAAAAGCAACAGCAGCACCAGUCGCUCCAGCACCAGCAACCACCACAUCCACAUGAUGUGAUUAGGCAUGGGCCUGGAAUGUACCAAGUGGCAAUUUGUGGAGCUGCCGGACACAAUGUACGAAGUAAGCCUAACCUCAAGGCACCUCCGAUUGGGAUGCUUGCCAUGGACAGCACAAUCAUUGCUUCUGAAGAGGUAUUCAACUCUGAAGGUGUAUGGCUGCGUUUGAACAAGGACAGCUUGCAGAGGCACAAUCUUGGAAAGGAGGGUGAGGCAUGGACAUUGGCCCGGACGGCUGCCCAUGUGGUCCCUGAGGUGUGCUACCUUCGCCACGAGUCUGAAGUGAUGCAAUCGGGUGACAGCGAUGAUGACUCGGCUGGCGCAUGUGGCCACAGGUGCUCUCAGGCUGCUGCGUUAUCAUCAUCGACAGUGCGAUCACGUGGCUACAACUUUGGCAUGCCCGUCUCUGUGACUGCUGACAGGGCAAUUUCUGGGUGUGCAAAUGCAGUGCAAGGCCUAUUCACAUUUGGGAGUGGUACCUCGGAUCCUGAAGGUGGUUCAUCUGGAUCCGCUAGCCCUUUUGUAUUCGGGUCUCCUGCUUCGACUCCAUCCACAUCGACAAAUGCGCUUGCUGAUUCUGAACAUACUGGACCUGCAUCCGAACGAUCCGAGGCUCCUACUUCAAGUGGGUCCUUCGCAGGAGGAUCCUCGCACUUGGCUUCACGACGGCGAACGAGUGCAGAUUCAUCGCCCCCUCCCACACGAGCAGUUCCGCCUGAACUUCGGGGAGUCUCGGUUAGGGACCUGGUUCGUGCAAUAGGAGAGAGUCGUGCCAAUGGAAACGGCGCUACACCACCCGGAACACCGCCAGCAACACCACCAGUCCGGCGGAGGAGAUCAUCUGCCAACUCCAAGCCAGCUGCCUCAAGUCCAGUACCAAUUCCUGGUGUGACAGUGCCUUGCUCAUACUCGGACACUGUGCUUGGGCUGUCAGAAGGUGUGUUAAGCCACUCAGGGUCUCAAGCCCAAAUUGAGAGUGCCAGGAGUGCUACCCCAUCUCAGGGAAGCCUUACUGAAUCGGGGUCCUUCUCCAAGCAUUCUGUCUCAUCACCACGAAGAGCAUCGAUUCAAAGUGAAAGCAGCGUCAGCUCUCAUUUGGGCAGUUUCCUUCGUGAACUUCGGGACACCUCAGCAACUGGCUGUAUAGGUUGCAUCACACAGCGAACUACAGACAGUCCCCUAAGCACACCUGGCACUCCGAAAAAGGAGAGCCUUUCACCAACUUCAUCAUUGAAGUCAUUCACUCAGACAGGAACUCAGACCAGUCCUGAAGGAGGACCAACCUCAAGUGUUAAAGGCCACUUCAGCAUUGGCAGCAACUCAAGCCGCGACGAGAGCCCACGCAUCUCUCCAAAAAUGUCCCGGAGGGAGCGCACUAGUUCCAGCGGCACACGACACGUGCUUCGGGGAAAGAGGGAGCGUGUUCAUUCAGAGCAUACAGAACGUCCUGCUGUUGCUACAGAGAGUUUUCGCCAGGGUCUGGCCCCUUCUGUGGCAGAGUGCCUGAGGGCCGUCUUCUGCGCUUUCCUAUGGCACGAAGGUGUGGUUCACGACGCUAUGGCAUGCGCCUCAUACCUCAAGUUCAAUCCGGACCUUCGAAAGAGCAUCACAAAGAGAACUGUGACGGCGGCACCACUGACAAAAGAACAGAAGGCUCGUUUCCGGCAUUCUGUGGAAGUAACUUCACCGAGCCUGCUGCAGUUGCAGCAGCUGGAAGCACUGCAGUCCAAUGAGCCAUUGAAUGAAAACAUGAAAUCAAAGAGUGCGUUUGCUCCGGCCACUUCUGAACAGGUCACACAAGGAGGAAGUUCCAUGCAGGAAGAUGUGGCUACAGACUUGCCUCGUGCCCUGCGCUUUAUUGUACUCCUCUGGGAGCAGGUGACUGGCGUUUGCAAACAGGCUAUCAAAGACCAGGUGGUCCUUCCAAGCCUUUUCUCAGUCAGAAAAAACAUUAAGCACGUUGAGCAGGCACUCGUCAGGGGAUCAGAGCGACAGAAGUCGAAGAAAAAACGGAACAACUCUUCAUCAGUGGUAAAUGGUCGUGCCACUAGUGCAGUCGGCGGCGCAGUCGGUAGUGAAAAGGAAGCAACAUGCGAGCUCUGUGGACUUUCCUUUGUGCCGGCAUCCCAGUACCAGAACAAACAGGGUCAUUCCGGAUGUGGCGACGGUGCUGGCAUAAGGAGCUUUGGUGCUGGCUCAGGGAGUCACCUGUGUGGUGGUUGGACUGUCGGCUACGGCGAGAGCAGAACAUCAACCAGUGGCUGGCAUCACCUUUGUGAUAGGUGCAGGGAAAAACUGUGCCAGGCAAGCGGAGGACAGCGUACCUCCCUUGGAGGCCGUCACCGCAGUAGUUCCAUUUCUGCUGCUGCGCGAGUUGCAUCCCCUGCGCAAGACACAGUUCACCACAACAUAAAGAACAAUGCCAUGUUUCUGCUGGAACUGUCCAGCUCUGGAAUGAAGUCUCGGCGCAGUGGGCUUCCAAGCCUAGCUGAAGCAGACAUGCUGCUGCCACCCAACCAGUUUGCUACAUCUGGCCCCAUUCAAUACUUCAACAUGCUGGGACUCUCUCUUGACGCACUGUCGUUUGGGGAUGAUUUUGUGCCAUCUGAACCGGGCACAUCAAGUUCACAAACUGCAGAGGUCGAUGCUGAGUCAGUGGCUGCCCUUAAUGGAAAUGAAGCAGUAGAAGACACCUUUGCAAGUGAGAGGAGUGACGAAGCUGGAUUGGGUCCUACUGUUACUGUAAGAGGUGGUGGCAGGGUGUUUCAUCGAUCGGUCUCUGUGGGGCUAACGCACUUGGACUGGGCAGAAAAAGAUCUUGCAGAGGUGGCCAUUCAAGAAGCAAGGGCCUUAGUAAUCCCACGAAAAAGGAACAACAGCAGUGGAAGUGAAGGCAUGUCAUCCAUACUGUGCCAGCCAUCAGCAGCCCUUACAAAGCUGGUCUCAGUGGAGCCUGAAGCCUGUGCUACUGACCUGACUGUUCAACGGCCAGUCAUGCAGUUUGUUCUUCAACGCCAUGACCUUGAGAACAUGCGCUUUGCCAUUCAGCAGUCGCUCAGGAAGGCUACUUGCCGUAUCUAUGCCAUGCAGGCGUUCAACUGGCUGCUGCGCAACGUCACUCAGUCCACCUGUUUACACGACCUUCUGUGGUGCCUGGUGGCAGCCAUGUCUCCUCCCGUUCUGGAGAAGCCGGAGGAACAUCCCCAAGGCAAAGAGGAUGCAGGGCACAAGAAAGAGGCCAUAGAACAGGACAAGGAGGCCCCUUGCGAGCACCCACUCUCGGACAUGUCGCUGGCUGGUGAAGCAUGCCUUGGGCCAUUACGGUCGGCUUUCCACACCCUGCUUCAGACAAUAUCAGACCUGAUGGUGUUCCUACCUGUCGGAUCAUCCCUGCAGCAGAUGGCCAUGCAGUGUUGGCGUCUGCGCUUCAUGCCAUCAGACCAUGCCUUUCUGCACCGCAGCCACGUGUUCUCCAACAUUUCCCGUAUUCUCUCCCAUACCGAGGAAGAAGCGGCAGCACCAUCUGAGCUGUGUGCUGUAGCCGGCACAUCGGCAUCUGCACCAUCAGACAUGGAACAUGUGUCAUCCCAUCAGCCUGAAUCACCGACAAGGAUCGAAGUGCUGCGUGACCUUACCCCAUUGGUGAAACUGAGUGCCUCAAGUCGGCCGGGCAUGGCAAACAGCCUUUAUGACAACUCCACAGAAACGUUCUGGGAGUCUGGCGAUGAGGAUCGCAACAAGACCAAGGUUCUCACGCUUGCCUGUAACCCUGAUAUGAUGCCAACCAUCGUGUGUGUCUACGUGGACAACUCCAGAGAUUCUUCGUACAAAGUGAACAGCAUCACCUUCAAGUUUGGCCCAAACCUGGAGGAGGUGCAGAAGCUAAAGCAGAUGGAUGUGGAGGGCCAAUUUCAAGGCUGGCUAAGCUGUGUCCUGCCAGAGUCCAUUCACAUUGGCCCCAGUGGGUCUGUGUGGCGGCUGGAGCUGCGAGGACCUGAGAACACCUUGCGGAUACGUCAAAUAAAAGUUCUGGGCCAUGGCCCUGGGUCGGGCACACAUAACCACGGCGAGUGCCGCUCCCUCUGCAUCCAGCAGCGCAACUGUGAAGCUGAGACGCUUCGAGUGUUUCGUCUUCUCACUUCUCAGGUCUUUGGUAAGCUUCUUGGAGGAGACGCAGAAAGUCCUGAAGAGGACGUACCAGCAAGGCCAGUUGGCGACGAGGCCACCAGUCCCGAGAGGCCAGAAACGAGUAAUGACCUCAAAGAGCACAUGGUCGGCAUUCUGUUCAGCAGAAGUAAGCUGACCCACCUCCAAAAGCAGGUGUGCUCACACAUUGUGGCUGCCUUGCGGAAGGAGGCACGCCGUGUGCGCGAGGAGUGGGAGGCCCUGCUGUGCAGUCCGCAACCAAGCCCUCCACAGAGGACCGCAGCCGCCAUGGCUGGUGGCAGUGGAACGAGCAGCCACAUGCCUGCCAUAGGUGGCAGUGGCGGGGACACUUACUGCUUCGAGAUGCUCUCCAUGGUGCUUGCUCUCAGUGGGUCGGCUGUUGGGCGUGCCCACCUCUCGCAGCAGGCUGGCCUGUUGCGCGACAUCUUCAGCCUGCUUCACACUGGCUCAGCCCGAGUCCAACGGCAGGUGACCAGCCUGCUGCGCCGGGUGCUUCCUGAAGUUCCUCCACUCACGCUUGCUGCAGUACUCGGAGUGCUUAACCUGCCACCCAGCGAGUACGGCUUGCCUCCGAGCAGCAGCACCAGUCCUAGUGCCGACAGUGUCGAAGGCGCGGCUCCUUUGGACAUUCAUCGAGUGGGCUUACUAGAUGUUCUGCUGGCGUGCGUGGCAAAGGCACUGACUCUGCAGGCACGAUCCAAGGGAGGUCGCUCACAAGCCACCACACUGGCCACAGCCAUUCACCCAAGGGACCACCUGGGAGCCCGGUGGUGGCUGCGGGGUACCACGGCCAGAAAGCUUGCACAAGGCAUCGUGCAGCUUCUAAGAGACAUGGCAGCUGGUAAGCUUACAGAAGCCUGGGCCAGGGUGACCAAAGGAGCCAUUGCUGAAAACAUUCUCAACUUGACCAAACUAGCUGAGAAGUACAGGACACCUGCAGAAUGCCUCAAGACACCCACGUUGUGGCUGGCAUUGGCCUCUCUCUGUGUCCUUGACCAAGACCAUGUUGAGAAGCUUUCAUCAGGCCAGUGGGCCAAAAGCCGUGGUGAUGGACUUCAGGCUCCUCCCAGGCCGACAUGUGACAACCAUGACGAUGGAGAAACCCCAGCUAUCAUCUUGUGCAAUGUGUGCGGAAAUGUUUGUGCAGACUGCGACCGCUUCUUGCACCUCCAUCGCAGGACAAAAACACACCAACGCCAGGUGUUCAAAGAGGAGGAGGAAGCCAUCAAAGUGGACCUGCAUGAAGGGUGUGGUCGCACCAAGCUCUUCUGGGUGAUGGCAUUGGCCGACUCCAAAACACUCAAGGCCAUGGUGGAGUUCCGGGAAAAUUCACGAGGAAAGUCAGCAUCAGUGCCCACAGCUGGAAUUUGUCGCUUUUGUGGGGCCCCUGGGGCAACUGGACUCCUCUCAGCAGCAGUCACUUGUGCUGACUGUCGGGAGCACGCAGCUAACGCCUGUUCCAAGACGCAUCCCUGUGGUCACCUAUGCAAUGGUAUUAGAAAUGAGACCACCUGCCUGCCAUGCCUCCAUGGCUGUGGUGCUGCCAAAGGGCUGCGCCAAGAUGCCGAUGACAUGUGCAUGAUCUGCUUCUCUGAGGCCCUCUCCUGUGCUCCAGCAGUUCAGCUCUCCUGUGGCCACGUUUUUCACUAUCACUGCUGCAAGACUGUGCUUUCACGAGGUUGGUCAGGACCAAGAAUCACCUUUGGCUUCUCCCUCUGUCCCAUCUGCAAGGCACCCAUGGAGCAUGCAGUGCUGAAGGAUCUUUUGGAGCCUAUUCGUGCGCUCUUUGAGGAUGUCAAGCGCAAAGCCCUUAUGAGGCUGGAGUACGAGGGGCUGCACAGAGCUGAGGCCAUCACCACACCUGGUGCUCGCUUUUACGACAACCCCGCUGGUUUUGCUAUGGAACGCUACGCCUACUAUGUUUGCUUCAAGUGCAAGAAGGCUUAUUACGGUGGUGAAGUGCGGUGUGACAUCGAGGCAGGCCCUGUGGACGAGUACAACCCGGCUGAACUUGUGUGCGGUGGCUGUUCUGACAUCUCAAGGGCACAGAUGUGCCCCAAGCAUGGGACAGACUUCCUGGAAUACAAAUGUCGCUACUGCUGCUCAGUGGCAGUGUUCUUCUGCUUUGGCACCACCCACUUUUGCAAUGCCUGCCACGACGAUUUUCAGCGGGUGGCCAACCUGCCCAAACAGCAGCUUCCUCGCUGUCCUGCUGGACCCAAGGCGAAGCAGCUAGAAGGAGAAGAGUGCCCUCUUCACAUCAAGCACCCACCUACGGGUGAAGAAUUUGCCCUAGGAUGUGGAGUGUGUCGGAACACACACACUUUCUAGAAAUCAUGUGAUCUAAGGAACACUUGGCUCAUUCAGGCUUUGUUCCUUUUUUUCUGGUCAUGUAUUAUAUAUGAAAAUAAUAUGCAAGGUUAUGCAUUGAC